AUUGUGGCUGCAGCAAGUUUUUAAAAUUAAUUCAGUAUUCUGUCUGUCUGCUAGCCGGUCCCAUGGCUCCCAAACUUUAUAUGCUCGCACCAAGCCCACCCGUAAGAGCUGUACAGUUAUGUGCCCGUGCCAUCGACUUAGAAUUGGAACUGCAAAAUGUGAAUGUUCUGGAGAAGGAACAUUUAAAACCAGAGUAUUUAAAGAAAACUACCAUGGCUCCAAAACUGUACGUAAUCGCCGCAAGCCCACCCGUACGAGCUGUACAAUUAUGUGCCAGUGCCAUCGACUUAAAAUUGGAACAGCAAGAUGUGAAUCUUUUGAAGAUGGAACAUUUAAAACCAGAGUAUUUAAAGAAAACAGUACCAUGGCUCCAAAACUGUACGUAAUCGCUGCAAGCCCACCCGUACGAGCUGUACAAUUAUGUGCCAGUGCCAUCGACUUAAAAUUGGAACAGCAAGAUGUGAAUCUUUUGAAGAUGGAACAUUUAAAACCAGAGUAUUUAAAGAUAAAUCCUCAACACACUGUUCCAAGUCUGGACGAUAAUGGAUUUAUUUUAUGGGACAGCCAUGCAAUUAUGACUUACUUGAUAAAUAAAUACGGAAAGGAUGAUUCCCUUUAUCCAAAAGAAGCAAAAGCAAGAGGUCUUAUCGAUCAACGUCUAUUUUUCGAUGCUGGAACAUUAUUUCCCCGAAUGUUAGUCAUAACGAAAUCAAUUAUCUUUCAAGGAGUCAAAAGCAUCCCAAAAGAACAGAGUGACGCCGUAAUUGAAGCUUAUGGAUACGUUGAAAAUUAUUUGGAAAAAACAAAGUUUGUGGCCGGUAACAACGUUACAAUAGCUGAUUUUUCUCUUGUAACAACCGUUACAUCAUGCGAUUUAGUGGUGCCAAUUGAUGCAACUAAAUUCCCCAAAAUUGCUGCUUGGAUCAAGAAGAUGGAACAGUUGCCGUAUUAUGACGUUAAUAAAGUUGGACUUGAUAUGUUAAGAGCCACAAUUAAGUCUAAAUUGGAAAAUUAAUUAUUUUUUAAAAAUAUAAUGUUUAACAAAUAAAAUUGGCCUUAAAUUCUUUGUAUUCCUCGAAGAUGAA